UAUUUAAGGCGAGUCCAGGCUUUUCUGGAAUCAGUUUACAUUUGUCUACAGAUCGUACAACACACUCACUUUGAGAUGAAAUUCGUGGCCAUAUUUCUGCUGUGCAGCCUGACCAUUGCGAUGGUUGUGGCAUUUCCUGAUAACGACGAUCAAAGUGUUCUUGUGCCAGUUGAUAUGCAGCAUGUUGCUCCAUUGGCCGCAGCAGCAGAUCCGCCGACAUCGGCGGACCAAAUCUCUAACAGCUUACGCGGGCCACGUCAUCUGCUGAGCAAGCUGUUCCGCCCGAAGACCGUGGUGGUGCAGCCAGUGAUUGUGGAGCAGGUGGCUCCAAGGCAGUACCCCGGGUAUGCCCAGCCCUAUCCGUACUACAACCAGGGCGGUCGCUACUGGUAGACCGUACUUUAAGCUAGUUGUAACUGAAUUUAAUAAAAUUAGGACGCCUGGCCUUUAAGUCAAAGAUUAA